AUGGCGAAUCCAAUCCAUCUGGAAGGCACCACCCUCGAGGGCGGCGGCCAACUCCUUCGACUCGCAACCUGCCUCUCCGCCCUAACAUCCACACCCAUAAACAUCACCACUAUCCGUGGCAAGCGCUUCGGUGGUGGCGGUCUCAAGGCGCAGCACCUCACUUCCGUGCAAUGGCUGGGAAAUGCCUCCAACGCCCGCAUGUCUGGCGUCGGUUUGAAAAGCAAGGAGAUAACAUUCACGCCUCAAAGUAGAAUCGCAAGUGGAUUGGAGUGGCGGAACGGCGGCGACGUUCACAUCAAACAGAACACGCCCGGUAGCGUCAACCUGGUGCUUCAAGCCGUCUUACCGUACAUACUCUUUGCAAACAUCGGCAGUGCGGACGCCAAAGUUAAGAAGAAAAUCAGAGUGAAGAUAACAGGAGGGACGAAUGUGUCGAAUUCACCAAGUUGCGAUUACGUCGAGCAAGUUCUGGCACCUAUGCUAUCGCUCAUUGGCAUUCCACCAAUCGAAACCCAGAUCCAUUCACGAGGAUGGUCACAGGGCGGUGCGAGAUUAGGAAGCGUCACGUACAGCAUUACACCGCUAACCAAGCCGCUCCCGGCGUUCCAACUAUUCGAACGAGGCGACGUUAAGAGUAUUCGAGCGACCAUAAUAGCGCCAAAGGAAGCAGAGCAGCGGUUCCGCGAUGAGGUGGACGUCAUGUUUGAGCGACGGGAGGAAGGGAUGUUCCGGAGCACGCAGCCAGAUGUGCAAAUUACCUUCGAAGACUCGAUGCAUGAGAAGAGGUUUUACCUUCUGUUAGUUGCGACUACAACGACUGGAGUCAAACUUGGCCGUGACUGGCUAUAUGACCAUGUUGUAAGGGUGGGCAAGAUCGAUUCAAUCAUCUCAAGCAUCGUCAAGAAAGUCUUCAACGACCUUAUCGAGGAGCUGGACCAUGAAGGAUGUGCGGAUGAGUACAUGCGGGAUCAGCUUGUAGUGUUCCAGGCGUUGGCUGUAGGAAAGAGCAACGUGUACGGUGGGAAGAGGAAAGAAGUUCUUUUGGAACCAAGCUUACACGCGAAGACGGCCCAUUGGGUCGCGAAAGAACUUAUCGACGUACAUUUCGACGAUGAUGGUGGUUGCGAAGGUAUCGCAUUUGGGGCUGAUCAAGACUACAAUACUGCCGAAAGCGUGGUGGUUGACGAAACUGCGUCGGUUCUUAAAAAACUCAAGGUGGACAAAGACUGA